AUGUUUGCUCAUGGAUUUUCAGUUGGAAUUUUUAUUGCAGUUGGAAGCAUCGAUCUGAGAUUUUAUGUCAUUUGCGAGAUUUGGAAGUAUCGAUAUGAUAAUCAGGUUCUUGAUGCGACAAGCAAUGAACCAUGGGGUCCUCAUGGGUCAAAUCUGUCAAAUGUUGCACAAGCUACCAAAAACUAUCAUGAAUAUAAAACGAUAAUGGCUGGGCUUUGGAAGAGAAUCAAUGAUACUGGAAAAAAUUGGCGCCAUGUGAACAAAGUUUGCACAUCUCUUGUAUGCUUUGUGUUGCUCAAGAACGAGCUUCUCAUUAUUUGAAGUUUCGGAAACUUAUGGUAACUUCGGAGAAUAUUUCUUGAACAUAUUAUAGAUCAAUUCCAUAAAUUUACCUUCUUUUUC